AACAGGGUACAUGAGGCUGAACCGGAAACCACUGAAUUUGGAUACCAGGGUGCAGUCGUCAGAUGGGUCUAUUCAACAGGUUUCGCAAGUCUGAAGAGACGGCCACUUUAUUACCCACGGACGUCAUAGUGUUUUUCUGGAUGCUCUUUUGCAAAUGUGGGAAGGUUCAUUUCCGGGCGAACGACGGCCGGAGACCCCGCACCACGAUGGUUAACGUGGUGAGCAUCUACGAACGCCCAGAUGCAGAGGAAACCAUGAAACAGUGGAUGGGUUUGACCUAUACGAAGCCCUAUGAAGCGGCUAGAAUCCUGUACAUGCAUCACAUCACAUCGAACCAACACGAUGCAAGCUCGGAGGUCUCGAGACAUCUCCACGCCUUCGGGCACCCUAGCACCGUUCAUGUCGUGCCGACUAUAUCUUCUGGAGCGAACCUGUCAGCUGAGGAGAUUAAUACCUCGCUGGCACAACUUCAGCGUCAGGCAGAAGAUGCAGGUGCAUCGAUGUUUGAGUCGGUGUUUGCUAUUGCUGCAAACAGUGCUCAUGUCUUUCGACAAGUCCAAUGGCUAGCAAUCAUCGUUCUAAGGGGGGCAGUGGUGUUCUGUGAGCAUUUUUAUGCCAUGUGCACCACAUUGCCUCCCUGUUGCAGUACGGGAAAAUCCGACUACGAUGGUGGUUGCAGUUCAAGGGGUCCCCCAAGCUGUAGAUCUUGUCGGAGGUAAAACCUGUCUGGAGCCGAGCAAAGUUUGUUCGUCGCGCCUCUUUUCCAUCCUCGCUUGGCGCGAAUCUGGUCGGUCGGUCGGCAUGUACUACAGGAAUGGGUAAACGGAAAUAACUUCGUGCGACGACAUCCAGAGCCAAGUGGACCUAACGGGUUCGUGUUACACUUCCGGUCUUCUUCAUGCGGUGCCUGGUUGUGCAUUAGCUCUGACGUACAGUAUGCCAUAUUCUCCGUCGCAUGGAAUCACACUUGAAAAUCUGG